UGUUCCCACACUCUAACAAGCAAACAUUUCCAACCCUCAACUCCUACCUCCUCUUCUUCUUCUCUGCCUUCCAAAAUUCAAAUUUUUUCGCCAUCACCAAUCACCCGAAGAAAAGCUCGUGUUUUUCCUCACAAAAAACCCUAAUUUUGAUUAACUUUGCAGCAAGCGGAUCAAAAUUCUUUCUCUAAAGCGUUUUUGGCUUUGUUCAAAUGGCGAGAUUCACGGCAAAUGGGGGACUGAGGCUGCUUCUUCAUGGCGAAAGAUCUGGUUUUGGAGGUGAGCCGAAGGAGCCGAUUAGGUUUAGGGUUUGUGGGGAGAGGUGGUUGAAUAAUCCGGUUAGGGUGAGGAGUAGGGGAAGAAGCGGUUGGCAUCAAGGGAACGCUAGGGUUAGGGUUUUUCCUGCGGGAAGAAAGGGAGGAAAUACAAAGGUUGGGGAAAGUUUUGAUGAUACUGAUGUUGAGGAGGAGGAAGAUGAUGAGGAAGAUGAUGAGGAAGAAGAUGAUGAAUUUGGUGUGGACGAGUUAGCUUUUUUCAGAGGUUUGGUGCUUGAUAUAUCUUACAGGCCCGUCAACGUCGUUUGUUGGAAGCGUGCAAUUUGUCUAGAGUUCAUGGAGAAGGCUGAUGUUCUAGAGUACUAUGAUCAGACAGUCUCCUCUCCUCAAGGCUCCUUCUACAUUCCAGCUGUUUUAAGGGUGCGUCGCCUGCUUCAGGCAGUGAAGAGAAGGAGAAUAAAGCACACUCUCAGUCGAAAAAGCAUAUUUUUCCGGGAUUCAUACACUUGCCAGUAUUGUUCUUCUCGUCUGGACUGUACUAUUGACCACGUCCUGCCAAUUUCAAGGGGUGGCCAAUGGAAAUGGGAAAAUCUGGUCACAGCCUGCAUAAGAUGCAACUCAAAGAAAGGUCACAAGUCCCCUGAGGAAGCAAACAUGAAGCUGAUUAAAAUUCCAAAGGCUCCAAAAGAUUAUGAUGUACUCUCCAUUCCUCUGACAUCAGCUGCUGUGAGAAUGCUGAAGCUCAGAAGAGGAGUUCCAGAUGAAUGGCGCCAGUAUUUACCCAGUUAAUUAAAGCGAUAAUUAUCUUAAUUACGUCUUAAUUAACUUUAAUUAAUGCUUAUCUGUGCAUUCCACUGUAUAUUUUAAUCAGUUUGAUUAAUAUAAUCUAGCAGUUAUGGUGAUAUGGACUUAUAUGACUCUUAAUCUCCAAUUAACUCUUACCU